CCGCAUCAGUAAGCACUCUUACCCACACGUCAACUACUAUGCGUCGCAGUCCACACCUAUGUCACAUUGCGUUGAUCCACAGGACGAGUGUGUUCUCCAGGACUAUCCCCAAACUAGGACAAUUUUUGACGAGCUUGACCCUGUGGACAUGCUUGUUGCUGAACGUUUCCACCACAUUCUGGAACAGGGCGCAAGGGUAACACCUACCUUUACUUGGUCGGAACAAUCCCAAUUUCCUCGGGAUCUCCCGAGUAGAACUGCCCUCGCUGUGGAGUCACCAUACAGUAAGGAUAGUAAUGAUCGAUGUUUCAAGACGGAAAGUACAUUUUGCCAUACCUUUGUUUUUCUCUACAAGAGCGGCUACUUGGACACAAUGACUGGCAAUCGCUUGGGCAAGGCUUUCUCCGGAGCCUUACUUCUUUGUCUGUUACUCAAAAACCACAAGUUUGUUGACUUUGGGCCACUUUGUUCCGUCCUCCCUUCGGAUACACCAAUGGGCCAAGUCAUGCACUGUUGGAGCCGGAUGUUCACCGCCUGUUUGUUACAUUACAACUUGGAUGUAGCUACUGCCGUUUGCUAUGUUGGGAAUAUACAUACAGGGGCCCAUUGUGAUUGGAACGCUUUGGAACCAUAG